AUGACAAUGUCCCGCAACACUAAAGAGUUCAAUGAGCUUGCGGACAGGUUCACGAGCGUGUACGAUAAACAACGGCAGGACCUGGAGAAGUGCCUCCAGUCUCGCGUCAACGACGACAUCAAUUUUGUGUGUCAGAAGCAGAAGAGCGCCUAUUUGGAGGGGAUUGCGAUGAUAUUCUGCAAGAAGGAAUACGACGUCGGCGUAAAGUGCCAGAAGGCGGCGGGAGCGCGGUGGUCCACGGACUGCUUCAAGGAAAAUGUUGCUUUUGGUCAGUGCACGGACACAGUGCUCAAGAAGUUGUACAUUUAUAAUAUUGAGCGAAACAAAAAAAACCCUGCGGCGAACUAG